GUACGCAAAGUCAGUCUCAAAGCCUUAGUUCUUCAAUACAGGCCAUUGUAGCCAACAUUGAUGAAAUGAUGGUACGAAAGUCUUAAUUGUUCGUGAUACGGUCGUGAUAAGUUGAAUAUGGAUACCAAUCCCGAGGAUUUGAAAAAACAACUCGACAAAUACGAGAAAGAGUUAGCUGAAGUUAGUCAAAAAUGGAAACGCGAGCGAAGGAAACUAAUAUCUCUUCUGAGAGAAAUUGCUAAUGUGAUACACAAGCAUGAAAAAAAUAGCCGAAUUGCGAAGAUAACGGGCGCAUCAACUUCGAUUGUUGGUACAGGUCUAGCCAUCGGAGGUGGAAUUGCUGCAAUUUUCACAUUUGGCGCCUCUCUGGUCUUAACCGGUGUUGGAAUUGCUGUUGCUGUUGCUGGUGGGACGACGGUCGCUGGUGCAGAAAUUGCAAAUCAUUUGUUGCGUUCUACUAACGUGAAAAUGGUUAACAAAGUAUUAGAAGUCGACAGGGAAGAGACCCAAAACCUACAGGAUCUGUUAAAAAAAAUUGACGAAUUUGCAGAGAAAUUUAAAUUCUCGGGAAAGGAUUUCGCUAAGCCAUGUGUAAAAAUGGGAUUCCAAACUGGCAGAGUGAUUGGUGCAACGGUACAGUUGACUAAAUCAAUUGUGAGUGAGGCAGGAGAAACUUUGUUUAAGACAUUGGGCACUGCAUCAAGAGUACUUCAUGUUGCCGGCCUCGUUACCAGCUUUAUAACGUUACCAAUUGAUAUUCAUACAAUCGUUGCAACGGCUCUUGAGGUUCACAAAGGAUCGAUUCCGGACGCGGUUAAACAUAUUCAAAACCUGGUACAACAAUUAGAAGAUGAAAUGGAUAAUGUACCAGACAUUCCAGACAAAAAGUAG